AUGGAUCCCAUCAUGAAGCUCCUCGAGGACGACGAAGAGGACGAGAGCAUGCACUCGGGCGCUGACGUCGAGGCCUUCACGGCGGCGCUGAAUCGCGAGGUGGAGGGCAGCGCCAGCAGCAGCAGCAGUGCCGCCGCUGCCUUCUCCUUCCAGCCGCUGGAUCACGCCGCUGGUACAUUACCUCAGAAAAGCAACCCAGUAGUAAACAACAGUCAUGGACAGUGGCAAGGUUCAGUAAAGAAUGACAGUGGAAACCAGGAGAGCCAACAGCAGGAAGAAAAACAUUUAUAUUGCAAAAAAGAGCAGUCAUCCGGACCUGAAGCAGUUCCCAUAGGUGCUGAUAACAAACAACUUCACUCUAAUACUCAAAUUGAAUGUUUACAGCUAAAGGUUAAGCGAGAGCCAGGAAACAAUGCUCAACAAAGCACUGUUGGUCAGCAGCAGCCUAUGCAACAAAUAAAGAGUCAACAACCACCAGGCACAAACCAAACCAAUAGUAGUCCAGCUAUGGUGGGAAAACCUCCUGUUGUUACAUUUCAUAUGCUAAUCCCGAUUUUGAGACGCUACCUUGACAAAGACAGGGAUAUACAAGUUCAGUCCAUUUUUGCAAAGUUACGGAAAAAUGAGGUCAGCAAGGAACAUUUUUUAAAGGUUAUUAGGACUAUUGUUGGUGAUAAGUUGCUCAAGCAAGCUGCUUCACAAUAUCAAAUGCAGGCUGCUCAGGCACAACGGAAUCCCCCGGCAAACCCAAGCAGUUAUUCUAUGUCAAGUCAAGUCCCAGGUCAGCAAAAUGAGAGCCCAAGACCGCCUCAAUUUCGACCGUCCUCAUCAGGCCAAAUGCAGAGUAACAUGGGUUAUGCAGCUUCAGAAGGCAACUUACAAAAGCCUAAUGAAACUGGUAACAUGUCAGAUAGGAAAGGGUUGCAGAUGCUACAAAGCCGUCCACCUAAUAUCCACUCAAUCCCACUGCAAGCAACCCAGGAUCAUGUGCAGCGUCCGCAGACAUUUUUGCCAGCCUUAGGGGCAAAUAAUAUUCAUUCUUGUCAAGUUCCACAGUCAGUUGGAGGUCCAAUUGCACCACUUAGACCGCAGAUGACAGAUUCCAGUCAAAGAGGACAAUCAGUCCAGGGAGGUGUUGCCAGUGUUCUUGGCAGUAUGGCCACACGGCCAGCAUUGCAAAAUAAUCAACCUUCACAGCAACAACCAAACAAGGAGCAGAAAACUAAUUCUUUCACUCCAACAGUACAUAUGAACAAAGAAACUGCUAACCAACCCUCUGAAUCUGGACAGAGCUCUUUUGCCGCCUUGAAUGCGAAACAAGUCAACCCAGGCCUUCUAUCUUCAAAGGUUGGUGGUGUUUUGGAAAAUCAAUCAUCUACGUUGGCCACUCCUAAAUCUUUGACGACAACAAGCUCAAGUCAACCUGAUCCGUCUUAUGGAACUCCAGCAGAACUUAACAUGCAGAUUCAACCUAGUACUCAAGCACCUCCUUCUGGAGCAGCUUCCAAAACACCUGAAAAGAAGCCACCUGCUGGGCAGAAGAAACCUUUGGAAGCAAUUGGCUCAUCCCCUCCACCAUCUGGCAAAAAGCAGAAGGGAUCUGGAGGCUUCCAUGAUCAAAGCAUUGACCAGCUGAAUGAUGUUACUGCAGUUAGUGGUGUUAAUCUGAGGGAAGAAGAGGAGCAACUUUUCUCUGCUCCCAAGGAAGAGAGUCGAGUUUCAGAAGCUGCUCGUAAAGUUGUACAACUGGAAGAAGAAAGGCUCAUUCUACAGAAGGGGCCUCUGACAAAGAAAUUAGCAGAGAUCAUGAGAAAAUAUAAUCUGAAGAGCAUAGGAUGUGACGUAGAGCGUUGUCUAUCGAUGUGCGUUGAGGAGCGGUUACGAGGAUUCAUAAGCAAUACAAUAAGGCUUUCAAAACAGAGGGUUGAUGUUGAAAAAUCAAGACAUCAUUAUUAUCCUUUAUCUUCGGAUGUUCGGAGUCAUAUACUGAGGGUGAACCGGGAAGCUAGAGAACAGUGGGACAGGAAGCUGGCGGCAGAUGCCAACAGAAUCAGGAAACAGAGUGAUGGAGAUGACAAUUCAGUUGUUUCUUCAGAAAAGGACAAGGCUGAGAGCCGUGGAACAUCAAAGCAUGCUAAGACUUACAAGGAGGAAGAUGAUAAAAUGAGAACAACAGCUGCAAAUGCUGCUGUGCGAGUUGCAGCAGGGGGAGAUGACAUGCUUUCAAAGUGGCAAUUGCUAGCUGAAAAAAAUAAACUGAGAGGUGAAGGAGGCGAUGGUUCUUCUGACUCACUGCCAGGUACCAUGUUGCCUCACAAGCUUUCACCAAAAGCAGGAAAGGGCUCAAGAGAACAGCAGGAAAUUGAAAAGCGAGGCUAUUUUUCAAUGCUUGGUCCUGUAGGUGGCGUUAGAAGGUCAGCACACAUGAAAGUGGCGCGUAGCAUCACGGUGAAGGAUGUGGUUGCGGCACUUGAGAGAGAGCAUCAGAUGUCAAAAUCGUCUUUGCUAUUCCGGUUACACGGGAGACAGUCGACAGAACCAGCUUCGAAAUAG